ACUGUGAAUAGCUCAAUGUUUUUGAUAGGUGUUAUUUGUGGUUAGUGUAUGGCCAGUUGAAGUAAAGACAAUAUAUUUGUUUGACAGCCAAAAUGUAUUUCCUGUUAUAAACGGCGUGUACGCAUAAGAAUGUCGGAAGUCGCCAUGGAAGAAAUAUCAGCCUUGGCUGCAAUCUAUAGUGAAAAAGAUGAAUUUGAACUUCUUGAUAUGUCUGAAAAAAAUGGCAUCACGUUCAGGAUUCAGAUAUGUGUGCAAAGUCACUUAGAAGACGUACAUUUAAAACUGACAUUUUAUUUGCAAGUCAGCUACCCAGAGUGUCAGCCAGAUAUAUCUGUUAUUUCAGAACAGCUUACCAGAACGCAGUGCUUCACUAUCAAAGAAGCCUUGCUUAAAAAGGCUGCUUCACUUCUAUCAGAGCCCAUGGUCCAUGAACUUGUUGUGUGGCUGCAGCAGAAUUUCAAUGAUAUCAUUGAGCAUUCACAAAAAAGUAUAUGCAAAGAAAAAGAAAGUGCACAUUCUUCAGAGACAUUAAUAUCAGCAGGUUCUUGGACAGUGCUUCUACGUUUAGACCACAUGAGAGCUAAGGAGAAGUACAUCCGGACUAUUAAAAAGUGGGCAUUUGAGUUGAAGCUGAGUGGAAAACUGAUGUUUAUGGGAAAGCUGAUUCUGAUUUUGUUGCAAGGAGACAAAAACAGUAUAAAGGAGUAUCUGAUGCUUCAGAAAACUGUUAAAGUUGAUGUUGACUCCAGUGGGAAAAAAUGCAAAGAAAAGAUGAUGAGUAUACUCUAUGAAACCCUAAUUCAGCAAGGAGAUAUCAUAUGCUCAGGCUUUGAAGUGAAAGAGUAUACCUCACUGGCUGAACUGCAGACCGAAUUUGAGGUUUUAGGAUUGUCAAAGAUGUACCAAGAAUUUGUGCCAGCACUUUUUGUCUAAUAUCAUUGUAAAAAAAUAAAUAAUUAUGGUGCAGGCUUUGCUAUUAAAUAAGAAGUGUUGAAAUCUGGGCAGGUUCCCAGGUAUAACAGUAACUUAGUCUAAAAUGUCAAAGGAAUCCUUUUGAGAAAGAAAGCUCGCAUAUUAUAAACAGAAAGGUCAAACAUGAGCUAGUUUCCGUACCGUAAACGGUAAGUGAAAAAAAAAAUCACACUUGACAUUUAAGAUCAUGGGUCAGAUGUUUUCUACAGUUAAAAUUCUGCAGAGCUUAUCUCUGGUGCCUGAAUGUGACAUCAUUACUGGUGAUCCAAGCACAGAUUUCCUAUUAUUUCUGAAUUGCUGUCUAUUCUUCCUUCUUAAUGUAUGCAUAGCAAACUCUGGAGAGAACUUUCUCCCACAAAGCUGCUAACUCAGAGCUGCAUGGAUCUGAAGCAGCUAGUCGUCUGUCAGCUUGACAAAUGCUUCACUGGAUUUCUUUUCUUCACAUUAUGGCAGCCUAUUAUUCAGAUGUUCAGAGUCAUGAAAAUUCUAAUGUGAUUAACCUAAUAAAAAGGUCCGUUGUUGCAUCAUCUGCAGGAUACAUAUUUUAUACUGACUGCCCCUUGUGGUACAUUGAAAUUUCUGAAUUUUUCUACAGCAUUUUUUUCUUGAAGUAGUUCUAUAAAACAUUGUUUUAAAUUAUUUGUUAAAAUGUGCUAUUCAAGAUCUUUAUACAGUAAACACUAGUUGUAUAACUUUUGACUUGAGUUGGAAUUCUGAAACUCUUGUUUAUAAAAGCAAUACAGUCCUUAUAUGUCAAGUAAAUUACAAUGCUGUGUCUGAUACAUGCAGGUCUUGUUAACUUAUGAGUGAAGAUAGAUGUUCAGAAGGUACAAGAACAAUUUUAGUUUCCUUCAUACAUUGGAGUUAAUGAAAAUGCUUGUGUGUGUACUAGCAGAACCCAGAUAUAUUGCUUUAUUUAUUUAUUUUUUGGAAUUAAGAUGUUAUAUGCAGGCAGUAGUUUGAGAAAACUGUUAACACUGUGUGACUGGCUUCAUUCUCUUAAGUUUAGCCUGCAUUAGCUUUGAUUUUAUGUAAUGUGGAGAAGUUAGGUAACCCCUGACUUUAAAUAGUCAUAGGAUUUUAAUUUUUUGGAUAGUCUAUGCAUCAACAUAUAAUUACAACAUUUCAUUUUUUUUCUGUGGUUUGUCAGUGAUGCUCACAAUGUACUACAUUGCAGAAGUAUGUAAAUUCUUAGACCUUUUAAUGUAUGAACAUACAUACUUGUAGACUGAAAGGUUCUGUCAAGUCCAUCUAAAUGUACUUCUUACCUGAAAGCAGUUAUAUGCCAGUUGCCAUUACCUUUCAUCUACCUCACACUCUUGUUGGUUCCCUAGAACAAUAUCAGAGAAUCCACAUUUUUUAGGUAGCUCUGAUAUUGCUACUUCUGGCACAGGAUAAUGUCACUACUUGUACCAAUGGUGUGCAUAUCUACUGGGUUAACUGUGUUUUCACUAAUAUUCUGUGACAGCAAUCAGUCUACAGGAGCAGGCACAUGACUUGUAUAAGCACGUUCUUACUCCUGUUACUGUUUGUCUUUGGUAGCUAGUUUUUUUUUUUUUUUAAUGUGUCUUCUGUUCUGCAUUUAAUUCUGGCUGCUAGGAAACACGUUUUUAUUGCAUUUGGGCUCACUUUGUACCUUCUUGGUUUAGAUUUGCAAUACUUCCACAUAUAUUACCCCUUUAACCCUUUUAACAAAAUGUUUUGUCAACAAUGUAACACUGAUUUAGAAAAGUAUCUAUUCUCCCACAAAAUAGAGGAUGGAAAAAAGAAGAAAAAAAUGAAAAACAAGGAAUAAGAUCAACCAGCUCAAGCUCUUACUUUUUCUGAGGCAGUUCUGCCACCUUUAGUUUUGGGGUCACAGGCAUCCCCUCCAUUCCUUCCUCUUCCUUCUUCACCACUUCUGCUUGUUCCUGAUCCACAGACAGGGCACCAUCUUUGGUGAGUUGUUACAUCUCAUAAAAGAAGUUGGUGAUUGUCAGUUGAUAUUCAUUUUUCUCAAAGAAGAUUACAGGAGGCAUGCAAGGUCCCUUGAGGAGGUUUUCUGGAUAGUUCCUCUUUUGUGGAUAUUCAUCAGGAUGUACCUAAAUCUGUGUGCUAUCAUCCUGACCGAUUGGCUUAUGUCCUGUGAAACACAGGUAAAAUAUUUCUGCCUACCAAAGUGUCUGUGACGUUGCCUACUUCCUCAAACAAGGCACAGCUGUUGCAGUUCAUCUCACUGAUCAUCCACUGUGCAGUAUAAUCUUAGCAACAUCACAUUUUUAGAUGUAGAUUUUAAGGUAGUAGAAGAUGGAAUAUUAGAGAGUAGAGUUUGUUGGAAGUACCCUCAAUUUAACACUUUAUUGCAUGCCACAAAUUGCCACCCAGGGCAUGCUAUUCGUAAUAUACCCAAAUCACAGUUUUUAAGGAUUCACAGAAUUUGUUCAUCUUACACAGAAUUUAAUAAACAUAAAUCUGAUUUGAUGGAUAGAGUCUGUGUCAGGGGAUAUAAAAUCUGUGAUGUUGAGGCUUGGGACUUUGGGUAGAGCACAAUUAUUAUGUUAUAAAGACAGUACAGUUUCAGAUAACACAUUGAGAAUGACUACCAGUUUUGGACCAGAUAUACCCCUCUUUAGGAAAGUAUUGGAGUGUAUUAUUGUCAGACAAUACAAUGAGUGAGAUUAUACCAUCUAGAUGUUUGUUUUCCUAUUGUAUGGGUAAAACUUUGCGAAACAUAUUUAAUCGUUAUAAAAAGAAAUUUUAUUUAAAUGAAGAAAAACAAACUACUUUAGAUGGGGAGAUUCUCAUAGGAUGUCAGCCAUGUGGACAUUGUUCAGAUGUGUAAAUAUGUAGUUAAGACUGAAUAGUUUAUAACUGUAAUGUUCCAUGGGUGUAUGAUGUUUAAGUAUUUGGGAAUUGUAGCUCUGAUUGGGUCAUUCAUCUUGCCACAUGCACUUGUUCUGCAUUCUACAUUGGACAGAUCUCGUGUCCUUUUAGGACUAGAAUUUCAAAAUACAUGAAUUAUAUUAGGAAUAUACAUUUGUCCAAUGCAUUAUAUAAACACACUUUGAAACAUUCUGUUGCUAAAUGUACAUUUAUUGUUAUUGAUAAGAUAGGGUACAGUAGGGCUAACAAGUCUGGGUGGCAUAGCAUUUUAAAUAAAAAAGAGAAGGCAUGGAUUAUUAGGUUAAGGGUAUUAUUUUCACCUGGUUUAAAUGAACACGUGUAUUUAGCCAGUGGGAUUUGUACUGUAUUGUAUUAUUUAAAUAAGCAUUUGAAGUAUGUGAAUUUAUAACACUGAAGAAGGCAGUUGUUGCCAAAACAGAUCUGUUUUUUGUCAUAUUAAAGAUAAGAAAGAUUUAUAUCAAAUAAAAGGAUUUGGUUGAAGUUUUUUUGA